CACACCGUCGAACUGCAAUUCCAACAUAGGACAGUGUAGGAAGAGGUCAGAUGCGGCGUUUAAUUAGAAGGGACACGAGGCAAGUCGCUUCUAGUAUGUCUCUCCGCCCUGUUCAGUUGGCUCCCUCUCGCGCAUUUCCUGUGGCACGGUAAGUUCAGUCGCUACUUGUCCCUUUGGUUCUUGAUGAGCCAGUCCGUUCUUUCUUUCUCGCCCUUUUCUAGUCGCUUGCCGGCUUUAUUGAACACUUCCCUCUUUCUUGAACGAACCACCGUUCUUUCCGCGUCUAUCGAAUCAGAUUCGAGAAGAAGUCAAACAUUCCGGUUCACAACAACAACGACUCUGCGCCUGCACGAGGAAAUUCACGGCGGCAUCAAGCAGGAUGUACACCUCUAUCCUCCUCAUCAGCAUUCUCACCGCGUCGGUGGUCGCCGCCCCGUUCGCGAAGCGAGAAGAAAACGCCACCACUGCGACAUGUGCAGACUCAGACAAAAUGAUUUCGCUUGUUGUCGGCCCCGAGGAUGCAAAAUCCGUCCUCAUUCACGCCUGCUCCGCCAUGAUGCCGCCCUGCGCCUAUCCGGAGACACUUUCGAAUGACACCGUCUGCACAGCCCAAAUGAAUUGGCCACUCGACGGCCCGAAAAGCGUUCUCUUGAACGCGACCGUAGAACGGAAAGAUAAUGGAGAUAAGUUGUCCGGGUGGCGAGUUAACUUCACGGUAACUCCGCCGGAGCAGCCUCAGGAUCUUGCAGGAGUCUCUUGGUUCCGGUGGGACUGCGAGGGUUACUUCCACCAGCUCCUCUCAGAGACCCCGCCCGAUGGCUGCUUAAUCGAGGGAAAAGGAUCGGGCGCGGGCAACCUCACGGUUGGCGGGGGCAAUCUGAAAGAUACACUCUUCGAUAUCAGCUUCGCACAACGCGGAGCGAACUUGAGUUUCGUUGACCUUUGGGGAUAGGUCGCCGGGCCUGGAGAUGGCUUGAUUAAGAAGGGCAUUUGAACAUGCCAUUGCG